AACGAAGUAAAAAAUUGAAAAGAAAAGAAAUGUUCAAAUUCGUGUUGAUUGCCAGCCUGCUGGUCAGCGUUGCCCUCGCCGCACCCUUAGACGAUGACUAUGAAGCUGAGGAGAGGAGAAAACUGGAGAUAGAGCAGGAGCAGAAUCAAAAUGCCCAAUACUCAUUUUCCUCGAAAAUCGAUGACAAAAUCAACGAUGGACAAAUCCAACGUGAGGAGACUCGCGAUGGCACAAAGGUGACCGGUUCCUAUUCAUACAGCGAUGGCUUCGUAUUCCGGACUGUCUACUACGAGGCCGAUGAGAAUGGUUAUCGUGUGGUGAAAGAGGAGAAGCAAGAAAUUGGCAAUGGUCCCGUAUUCAAUGACAAUGGCCAGGCCGAUGUGGAGGGUUCACUGAUUGGCAAAUACUCCAUCAAGCUGGAUAAAACUGAUGACGAGAAGCACUACAAGGAAGCUACAAAUUAAUAUUAAAGUACAGUCAGUCAUUCAGUAAGUUUAUGGAAUGAUUUCUAACAUUUAGAAAAAAGAACUGAAUACAACAUAAAGUAUAAAACACAUAACAGGACCAAACUAUGUUGUUAUCGCAUUAAAAGUCAAUUAAAACUGAA